AAUUUUACUUAUUUGUAAUUAAGAUCUUUUAGGAUCUUAAUUAUUUUUUGUUAGGAACUUAUUUAUUUUCAAUUAGGAUCUUUUAUUUUCAAUUAGGAUCUUUUAGGAUAUUAUUUAUUUUACUAUUAGGAUAUUUUCUUUUCUUAUUUAAGCACUUGUAAGGCAUAGCCUAUUUCAGUUUUGAUUGAUAAUAAAAUUUAAGAGUUUUCUCUUCUUCUCUGGUGGAUUCCAGUGUAUUUUCUAGGGUUUUAGCGCUUGCUAAUUUCCUUUCUGGUGGAUUCCAGAAACCUUUUCCUUAGGAUUUGCGCUUGCAAUCCUAGUACGACUUCCGCUGUAUCAAGUGGUAUCAGAGCAGGCUUUCUCCUGUCUCUUUUCUUUGCUUGAUCAACCAUGGAAGAUCAACCAAUGACCAAAGCAGACCUGAAGGAUGUUACCGUGGCUCUUACCGCGGCCCUAACUGCUAUUACGCAACAUAUGACACAACAGAUGAUACAACAUAUGGCGACGUUCACGGCGGCUUUAACGGCGCAGAUCAACAAUACCAACAACGGUAACCGGGGACGAGACAGGAGAGGGAAACCACAUAGGUUUCCGGGCGACAACAACAACAAUCGUUCCGCUAUAUCUUUACCUUCCCAAUCUUUGCAUUCACCAUCCGUAUCUCAUCCUUAUUACCAAGUUCAGUACUCAACCUCUAAAACCACCGAAACUCCACACCCCCAACCUGCUACUCCAAACCUUAUCAAUCCUUACCCCAACAUAUCACCGACUGCAGAUCCAAUUUCCUUACCACAACCCCUACCAAAACCUACUUCAAAUUCAUGUCCCUCUACAAGACCUAUGUACGCAACUUCUUCGGAAUCUGAUUCUCAAAUUUCAUUUGCGCCAUCCUCUGUUGUUGGCCUGGAAGAUGAGGCAAAAACGUUGAUGGAUGAUUUGUGCAGCGAGAGCGCACCAACACCAACACACUGUUCUCUUUUAUCUAGAUCUGAUGACAUCUUAGAGGUUGUACCCCAUGUUAUAUCUGAGCCAGACACCUCUGUCAAUUUGGGCAUCGAAGCAGUGUUCACACCUUACAAUCUAACACUUAUGGUUGUGCCUCAGGUUCGAUAUGUCCUUGUUCCCAAGUUUGCACCCCAUUUGUUUGGUAAUAUGCCUGAGAAAAAGGAACUGCAAUCCAACUUGUCUAACUCGCAAUUCCGACAAUUUAUUCCAUGCCACUGGAAGUUGUUUCAAUCACGGCUAGUUCAUCCAGAAAUCACACUCCAUCAAUUUCAUGGUGUUUGGCGAAAACAAUUUGAUCCUGGCAUCAACAAGAUGGAUGCUAGUGUUUCAAAACAGGAGUCUCCACACUCUUUUCCAUGUGCUUUUAUUAGAUAUUCAACACUCACUCUCCUUGGUUUAAUUUGGAAGCCUUUUGAUCCUGGUAUUUUGAGGCAACUGAAGUCCUUUAUCGUGAUGUGAACUCGAGGUCGAGUUCUUUACAAGAAGAGGAGACUGAUGUAGGAGCUUUUUAAGAUAAUUUUAGUAUUUUAGUAAUUUUACUUAUUUGUAAUUAAGAUCUUUUAGGAUCUUAAUUAUUUUUUGUUAGGAACUUAUUUAUUUUCAAUUAGGAUCUUUUAUUUUCAAUUAGGAUCUUUUAGGAUAUUAUUUAUUUUACUAUUAGGAUAUUUUCUUUUCUUAUUUAAGCACUUGUAAGGCAUAGCCUAUUUCAGUUUUGAUUGAUAAUAAAAUUUAAGAGUUUUCUCUUCUUCUCUGGUGGAUUCCAGUGUAUUUUCUAGGGUUUUAGCGCUUGCUAAUUUCCUUUCUGGUGGAUUCCAGAAACCUUUUCCUUAGGAUUUGCGCUUGCAAUCCUAGUACGACUUCCGCUGUAUCAAUACUAAUGAAAAUUUUUACAAAUUUCAAGAUGAGUUGGGGAGUGCAUGUGUGGACUGCGGAGUAGAAGAAACAAAAGAGGAAAAUGGUCUAUCAUUGAUUAGUAUACUU